UUUCUGCUUUCUGAGCCGCCAAGCGACCCCUGUUGAAGUAUUUCUAUGAUUUCACGGGAAGCGUUAGAGCGCUAGUGAAGUCAAGUGCCACCGAAUAAUUUUUAAGCACACACUUUGGUGUCAUGGCGUCCUCCUGUUCGCAAGCUCUCAGGCAUCAUGUGUGUAAGAGCAACAGAAUAUUGCGCGUUCACCUGCAGAAGUCAUGGCCUAAUAGGAGUUUUGCUCUGAAUUCUGCUGCAGAUCAACAACCUGCAGUUUCUUCACCAGAAGAAAUAGUCAUUCCAAAGAAGAAAACAUGGAGCAAAGAGGCUGUCUUACAGGCACUGGCAUCCACUGUGAACAGGGAUACUACAGCCUCAGAUUACAGAUUUCAAGAUGAUCCAUAUCUCACUCCAAAAACAUCAUCAGAGUUUAAAUUAUUUUCCUUGUCCCAGGAGUCAGGCAGAAAUGCUGCCAAAUAUUUCAUCAGUACAUACCCGAAGUACUUCCAGAAAGACUACGCACAGCCUCAUAUUCCUUGUCUGAUGCCAGAAACUCUUGAGGCUCAGAUAGAGGAGGUGUGUGAAGCUGCUCUGAUAGAGAGAAUUCAGAUGAGAAAAGUCAAAGCUGCUGUGGAUCUGUACGACCAACUGCUGCAGGCCGGUACAUCAGUGUCAUUGGAUGUGACCAAUCAGUUGUUAGAUCUGGUUUGUUUCUAUGGAGAUCAUGAUCCCGCACAAGAGAACAUUCCAGAAGAGAGGAAUGAGGAGACGGAGGACGUUCAGGAUGAACCGCAGACUAAAAAAGGAAGAGCAUAUAAAGCGAGUAAUUUACUGAAGGCCACCUGGAAAGAGAAUAAUAAUGCAGAGAGGAUCUUUGCGCUGCUGUCAGAGCCAAACACGCAUUCGUACAGUGCUCUAAUACGAGGCUUGGUGAAGUAUGGUGCUUAUUUUAAAGCAUUCAGCACCUACACUGACCUGCUCAACAACCGACUGAAAGCUGAUGUGCACACCUUCAAUGCCCUGAUCACAGCCGCCCUGGAAGUAAAAGAGAAAUACAAUGAAAAAUGGGACCUGAUAGUGGAUCUUUUGAAGCAGAUGGCAGAGCAGAAGGUCAAGCCGAACCUCCUGACGCUGAACGCUGUCCUGAAGGCUUUGAGACGCUGUGGCUCUCUGGGCAAAUCUCAGGCCUUUCCUGUGAUCAGUGAGAUGAAGGCUCUCUCCAUCUAUCCCAGUCUGGCUUCUUACAAUCACUUGCUCGCCAUAUUUUAUAAACCAGGUGCCCCAAUUAAUGGCCAAACGGACAUUCUGUGGGAAGUAAUGAACGAGGUGUCAGGGAAGAGCUUCACGCCACAGGACCCUGAUGAUGCACAGUUCUUCAUUACCGCUAUGAGAAUCUGUCUGGACACUAAGGACAUAGAGCAGGCGUAUAGGGUCCAUGAGCUGCUUGGGGUUGGAGAGAACUGGAGACUUCUGGGAAAUGAUUUCCAUCAGAACAUUUACUAUACGCGGUUCUUCCAUCUGCUCUCUAUGAUGGAGAACGUUGACGUGAUGCUGAAGUGGUACAGAGAUCUUGUUCCCUCAGUGUACUACCCCAGUUCUAACGUCAUGAGAGAUCUGCUCCAAGCGCUUGAUGCGGACAACAGAUUAGACCUCAUCCCACAAAUAUGGAAAGAUAUUAAACAGUUUGGCCAUGCCAACAGGCAGAAUCUGGUGGAACAGCUGCUGACACUUAUGGCAAGAGAGAAGCACAAUCAGGAGGUGCAGGAGUCGUUUGCUGAGUGUGCACUGGACAUCAAGAAAGUAUUCGACACGGGUGACCGGGGCAAAGUUUUGCUGAGCUGGACGGCCGGUUCUCUCAGUGACCUCAUCUCUGUAUUACUAGCAGCUCAGAGGAGACAGGACGCCUGGGAAAUGCUGAAACACUUCAAAACACACAACAGAGUUCCAAAUGAGGAGCUGUUGAACAAGUUCUUGACGUGUAUGAAGGAGAGUGGUGAAGUGAAUCAGGCGGUGGAGCUGGUGCAGAUCUCAGCUGGCUUCUGUUUGCCCGAGACCCCAAAACUCAUCCAGAGGGUCCAGCAGGAGUUUGAACUCACAGAGCAGCAGAGGAACAUCUUGUCUGAUCUGGAGAUUCAGACCUUUAACAGCAAUUAAAUUUCGGGCUGAGAGACGUUCUGCAGCGUGGAUGGAUCAUAGCAGCUAAAUGUCAAUGUGUUAGUUUUUCAAUGACAUUAAUAAUUGUGUACUUGUCACAUGCACAGAUUUCAGUCUUCAUUCAGAUGGAAAGUAAAAGUAUUUGUUUUCUCCCAUUUCCUCAUGGAUUCUGGACUGGUUCUUCAGCACAGUUUCACCAUUUCUACCAUUGUCUACAGAAUUCUCAUGCAGCUAUUAGUUCACCUUUAAAUAAAGAAUAGAGCUGUGACCAGCGAUAAUCAAUGUUCAAAUACAACAAUGUAACAUGAUGGGGGGAAAUUUUAUAGGUUUUUUUGUUUUUGUUCCCCACCCCACUGGAUUAUUGUAAUGUUCUACUAGGUGCUUGUCCUGCAUCCUUAAUAAACCCCAAUUUUAUCAUUCUA